UGUUGACAUACACGACUUCUCUAGGCUCCUCCUAUCAAGCCUUUGGAUAAUAAUCAUCAGUUGAGCAUAGACGAUCUAGAUUCAAUCAAAGUGAUCGGGAAAGGUAAUAGCGGGACCGUGCAAUUGGUGCGCCACAAAUGGACUGGCCAGUUUUUUGCUCUCAAGGUUAUACAGCUCAAUAUUCAGGAGAGCAUACGCAAGCAGAUGGCCCAGGAGUUGAAAAUAAGCUUGUUUACACAGUGCCAGUAUGUUGUCACGUGCUAUCAGUGUUUCUAUGUCAAUGGUGUUAUUUCUAUUGCUUUGGAGUACAUGGAUGGUGGCUCUCUCGCUGAUUUCCUCAAGGCUGUUAGAACCAUUCCAGAGGCCUACCUGGCUGCAAUUUGUAAGCAGGUGUUGAAAGGACUGAUGUACUUGCAUCAUGAGAAGCGCGUUAUACACCGAGAUCUGAAACCAUCGAAUAUAUUGAUAAAUCAUAGGGGUGAAGUAAAGAUAUCAGAUUUUGGUGUUAGUGCCAUCAUUUCUAGUUCUUCUGCACAGCGAGAUACAUUUACUGGCACAUUUAACUACAUGGCGCCUGAAAGAAUCAGUGGGCAGAAACAUGGUCAUCUGAGUGAUAUCUGGAGCUUGGGCCUAGUUAUGCUGGAAUGUGCCACUGGCAAUUUCCCAUAUCCUCCUCGUGAAAGCUUUUAUGAACUUCUUGAAGCUGUUGUCGACCAACCAUCACCUUCUGCACCAUCAGACCAGUUUUCACCAGAGUUCUGUUCAUUCAUUUCUGCUUGUAUCCAAAAAAAUGCUGCAGAUAGGUCAUCUGCCCAAACCCUAUCAGCUCAUCCAUUCCUGAGCAUGUACGACGACCUGAAUAUCGAUCUGUCUGACUACUUCACGACUGCAGGAUCACCUCUUGCCACCUUCAAGCAAAUCGCGUUGUGAGACGACAAAUGCUCAACCAUGUGUCAUGAGCUGGAGCUAACUGAAGCAAGUGAAUGGAGUUAUUUUUCUUUUCCUGUUAUUCAUGAACUGGGCUUUGAUGAUAUCUUUGAACCAAAUAUGAUACAAUUGGCUUCAUAAUUAUACAAAUACAAGUCUGUAAAGCAUCAGUGAGCAUCGAAGUUUUGCCUGUCUGCAUAACGGAAGCAUCCGUUUGUUGUCCGACUUUGACCUUUGUUAUGUAUGGGCUUAUUGCUUUUGCAAUUUUACUGUAAUGAAACCAUAUUUGCUGGGUCGCUCGAUGACCUGAUUUGGACUAGUA